CUCAAGAGCAGUGCAUUUUGGGGAAUUGAAAUGACUCCUGUUUUGAUUGUCAGCUGUGGACCCUCCUCCAUCCAUGCACAACAGUUAUUGGGGGCGCACCUGUCCAAACGUUUGUUUCCAGAGAUAAGAAAAAAGACGAGAGUAAUCUCUUUUCCUGCACUAAAGCGCCACACAGUGGCGGGUGGACUUACUAGACUGGGAGGGCUGGUCAAAGAGAAAGUGAAAGUCUUGAACGUUGCAACAAGGUUAUGUCAAGCUAACAUGAGCAAGGUUUAAGAAACAAAGACAACGAAAAACCUGGGAGCUCCUGUACGUUUUGGCAUCAGACAGGUCACAUUUACAGGUUUUCAAAGCAAAGGAUUUGACAGCUUGCUUUCAUCAGCGGUUGUUAGCCUGCUGCAUGGGUUUGGCUCUUUAUUCAGUCAAGGACGUUUUAUCCAAGAUGGUCUUGGUAGGGCUGCUUGUGUUGUCUAUUCUCCAUUCAUGUGCGAUUGGAAUGCAGCCCACCCAAAUUUCACAGCAGGCAUCAAGCCCUCAUCCUCCUCCUCAAGAACAAACUCCUAUAGGGACUGACAAUCUGUCCUUCCCUUGGAGUCGCCUUCGCUUGCCAAUGUACAUAAUUCCUCGUCAUUACGACAUCAUGGUGCAUCCAAACCUCACUCGUCUACAUUUCACCGGCUCAGUUAUGAUACAAAUUGAUGUCCAGAACAAUACAAAUUGGGUAGUGUUACACAGCAAGGGUCUGAAAAUCUCCAAGGCAACCAUACUGGACAAGAACCUCGCUCAUCUGUCUGAUCAGGUUCUGCCUUGUCUUCAUAAUCCUGCACAUGAGCAGAUAGGGAUCUUCUCACCCAGGGUACUCAGCAGUGGACAAAAGUACUUCCUAUAUAUUGAAUUUGGGGCAGAGUUGGCCGAAGGCUUCCAUGGAUUCUAUAAAAGCACCUACACGACAAGUUCAGGAGAGAUCAGAACUUUAGCCUCUACUCACUUCGAGCCUACUAGUGCUCGUAUGGCAUUCCCUUGUUUUGACGAGCCGAGCUUUAAAGCCACCUUCACAGUUACGAUAAGACGGAGCUCUGAGUACAUUUCUUUGUCCAAUAUGCCGGUAGUAAAAUCAGUUGAAGUGGAUGAUGGCUUGAUGGAGGACCAGUAUGAUACAACUGUCAAGAUGAGCACGUACCUUGUAGCUUUUAUCGUCUGUGAUUUUAAAUCUGUUAGUGCAAAAACAUCUUCUGGAGUGCAGGUGUCCAUCUAUGCUGAUCCAGAGAAAUGGAAUCAGACGAACUAUGCCCUUGAAGUUGCUAUCAAAAUGCUCGACUUCUAUGAGGAUUAUUUCAACAUUCGUUAUCCGCUACCCAAAUGUGAUCUAAUCGCCAUCCCUGACUUCCAAUCGGGUGCGAUGGAAAAUUGGGGCUUGACCACCUACAGAGAGACUAGCCUGCUUUUUGACCCUGACAUAUCAUCGGUAUCUGAUAAACUGUGGGUAACCAUGGUGAUUGGGCAUGAGCUUGCACAUCAGUGGUUUGGUAACUUGGUAACGAUGAAGUGGUGGAAUGAUACCUGGCUGAAUGAGGGGUUUGCCAGAUACAUGGAGUAUAUUUCAGUGGAGGCUAACUACCCUGAACUCAAAGUGGAGGAAUAUUUGUUGCACGCAUGUUUUGCAGCAAUUGGUCAUGAUUCUUUGAAAUCAUCACGGCCAAUAUGCAGCCCAGCAGAGAAUCCAACUCACAUCCAGGAGAUGUUUGACACCAUCUCUUACGAGAAAGGAGCGUGUAUCCUUCAGAUGCUGCACCACUUUUUGUCAAAUGAUGUGUUCCAGAGUGGGAUAGUUCGAUACCUCCGCAAAUAUAGUUACCAGAAUGCACAAAACCAGGAUCUGUGGGACAGUCUGGGCAAUACAUGCCUAGAAGAGGAUUUUACCUUGGGCCAGCAUUGUUACAACAAAGAACAGGAUAAUAAGAAUUCAUAUACAUUGGCUGGAGAACACUUGGACUUGACAACCAUGAUGAACACUUGGACUCUGCAGAAAGGUAUCCCUCUGGUAAUUGUAAAAAGAGAGGGUCCAAGUCUGAUGCUAAGACAGGUCAGAUUCCUGAGGACAGAACUGCCCUCUGACCCCAACUGGUCCACAUUGCAAAAAGGUUAUUUGUGGCAUAUUCCUUUGACGUACAAGAUGGAUACUUCUAGCACCAUCCAUAGACACAUGAUGACAACACAUACAGACAGUGUCCACAUAGGAGAGAAUGUCAACUGGGUGAAGGUCAAUGUGGACAUGACUGGCUACUAUGUAGUUCAUUAUGAAAAUGGCGGAUGGGAGGAGAUAACAAAGCUGCUGAGAGAAAACCACACUGCUCUAAGCUACAAAGACAGGACCCAUUUGAUACACAAUGCCUUUCAACUGGUCACGGCAGGUUACCUUCCACUGAACAAAGCAUUCGAUUUGAUUGGUUAUCUGCAUCUGGAGACACAUACAGUACCUCUGCUCAUAGGAUUGGGCUACCUGGAAACACUUUAUCAUAUGACUGAGAAGCGGAGUGAUGUGGAACUGGUGCAAAACUUUAGGAACUACAUCCUGCAGUUUUUCCGUGGAGUCAUUGACCAACAGACAUGGAGUGACGAUGGCUCUGUGUCAACUCGGCGACUUAGGUCAGAGGUCCUCUCCUUGGCUUGUCAUCUGAAUGACACUUCAUCUUUACAUGAAGCACACUGGCGUUUUAAAGACUGGCUUCAGUCAAACGGAGAACUCAAGCUUCCCACCGAUGUGGCAGAGACUGUGUAUGCAGUUGGUGCCAAGGAUGAUCAUGGAUGGGGCUCACUCUUGCAUAUGUACAAGACAGCAAGCUCACCGGCACUGAAAGACAAAAUUUUGUUUGCCUUAACCAGCAGCAGAGACAUAAAUAAAUUACAAAGACUGUUGGACCUGGGUCUGGAAGGUCACGUGAUACGACCCCAGGACCUGACCAGGCUCAUCGUGUUGGUGGCCAGAAACCCUCAGGGACAUCACAUGGCAUGGAACUUUGUUAAGAAAAACUGGAGCACACUAGUUCAAAAAUUUGAGUUGGGCUCAUCUACUAUUCGAAACAUACUCAUAGGCACCACAGGCCAGUUUACAUACCCAGAGGAAUACACUGAGGUGAAGUUGUUCUUUGAGUCCAUCAAAGAACAUGCAUCUCAAUUCAAGGGUCCUCAACUUGCACUGGAAAACUUGCAGAAAAAUGUUCGGUGGAUGCAGAGGAACUUGGAGACAUUAAAAAACUGUGUUUCUGAGAAAUACAACUCACGACAGAAGAAGGAAUUGUAAUAGUUGAUUUUUAGAUUUCAUUUCAUAAUUUUACAAUUUACAGUAUGAUGAAAAAUUAGUUUUUCAAAAGGAAAACUUAAUUCCAAUGACUUAUUUGCGAAUAUGUUUUGGGGUUAUUAUGCUGUACAAAUAACAUUCUGCUAUAACAAAAUAAUUAGAUGAUUCAUUGUAAAAUGACACAUACUGUUGAGGGUGGUCAAACAAGAUAUUUGGUUUAGAGGGUAUGUUUAUUUCGUGUUGUCUUUGUCUGACUUUUACGUGAAAUGUUCUUGAAUAUUAAAGAGGGAAAACUAUAAAAACAUUCAGAAUUUCAUAUUGGCCUAUGUUUUUGUAAGCCUUUUGUAAGCUUCAGCUGCCUUAAAGAUUUCCCAAGCCCCCAGAAAUAAUUUGGUGUUGAUAUAUUAAAAAAAAAAAAAAAAAAAAAAAUGCUGACAUAUUCACUAUGAAGUUGCCAGAAUAUUAGUUCAAAUAAUCAUAUAACCUAUCAUUAUUAGGGUUAGGGUUAAAAAUAGCCGCAAAUACAGCGAUUACAAAGUAAACACAACAAAUUAAGGACUACUUAGGUUUGAUCAUUGAUAGGCAUGUAAAAAGCUCUCCUCAUGCACAUUAGCUGCACGUUAGCUGCACAACAACUGCAGCCGCCCUCCUCCGGGGAACGAGCUGUAAAUUGCUCUCCAGCGAAGACAAUCGACAACCCAGUCGUCAUGUCAAAACAUCCGGGCUAGUUAUGUGUGAUUUUCCGCUUCGAAGACUUUGAAACAUCACUCGGGUCGGGUUAGCAUGUCGGCUAGCUGUCACGCCUCUUGGUUUGUUUACAUUCUCCGAACCCGGGGAAGGGAAAUGACAUAUGUCCGAUUUAGGUGUCAUGAAAUAUCGUUCGGGAGGUGCGAAAGUAAAGGUGAAGUCGACAGUUUUGACCAUUAUGGAGUAAUUUUGCCAUGUCGUCCUGAAUAAGUGCAUUUUUAUUAUUUCAUAUUCCAUUUAGCACAUGACCAUGCCAUUUGUUUAGCAAUUAGGGAAAAAUACUUGAAUAAAAGAAUAUCUUGUAAAAAUAUUGAAGUAAAGAGACAGAACUAAUGACAUUCUGCAGCUCUCUUCGUCGCGUUUUCCUCGUUGUGAAUAGUUCCCCCUCGAAGGGCUGACUGGUCCUUCUCAAGCUAUUUAUUUAGCUAUUGGGGAAAAAUACUUGGAUAAAAAGAAUAUCCUGUAAAAAUAUUGGAGUAGAGAGACUGAAACAAUGACAUUUUGAUGCUCUCUUCGUCGCGUUUUCCUCGUUCUGAAUAAUUCCCCCUCAAUGGGCUGAAUAGUAAAACUGAUGAGCCCAGUCUCCUGCUGACGUCAUCCACCUGUUGGGGACGCU